UUUAUUUAUGGCAGUCAUCUGCAGCAACAGCAUAUAAUAUUAACGUGAAUAAGAUGAUUAGAUAACACCAAUUCCAUUUGCCGAGAUGACACAACAAAGCAGUACGUAUGCGUCACUUCAGUCACUUGAUAAAAGCAACUAGUUAGCGUGAAACAGAUGUGGUCGUGAUUAAAUUUAAAUGUAAAUAUAUACUUGUUGAACAAAAAAGAUGAAAAUUGCUAUUUUGGGUGGAGGCUGCGUGGGCCUGACGACAGCUCUGGCUGUGCAGGAAGAGUUCCGUAAUCACCACCUCGACGUCCUCGCCGAGAACUUCGAGCAAACGACCAGCCAUGUAGCCGCGGGUAUUUUUCGCGUCAGCCCCACUUUUUCCGGGCCUACCGACAGCAUCACGAGAAAAUGGAUUUCGGAUUCUUACCACUAUUACGAGGCAAUAUGCAGAUCAAGGGAAGCUUCGGAAGCCGGUGUUACUAGCAUUUCUGGAUAUAUUUUUGCAAACACUUCUCCUGAGAGCGUCAAGAACGACCUGAUGGAGAAAUUAGUUCCGAUUUAUCGACCCGUCACUGACGAUGAAAUCGAAUUGGUCGGCGGCAACUGGAAGUACGGAUCGUUUUUAUCGACUCUGUUGACUCAGCCCAAUCAAUAUUUGCCGUGGGCAAGAAAUAAACUAACUGCAUCUGGAGCUGUGUUGAAAAAAUAUUCCGUGAAAUCUUUGAAAGAACUGGCUAAAGAUUACGACCUUGUGAUAAACUGUACGGGGCUUGGAUCGCAAUCUAUUUGUCAAGACAGAAAAUUGGUCCCCAUCAAAGGACAAGUCAUCAAGGUCCGAGCACCGUGGUUGAAGACAUUUUUUUACGGCGAAAUCAACACGUACAUUAUUCCCAACGGAAACGGCACAGCAACUCUUGGAGGCAUCCGGGACUUUGAGUGCUCGGAUCUUACCGUCUGUCCUUAUCAGGCCGCCGCGAUUCGCGAUCGCUGCGAAAGAUUAGUUCCUUCUUUGAAGACUGCACAGUUGAUUGAGCAUAAAACCGGCUUGCGACCACACAGAGAAGGCGGUGUUCGAGUAGAGGCUGAACGAAUUAAGGACGGACUGUGCAGUGCUCUGGUUAUUCACAAUUAUGGACAUGGAGGUUACGGCAUAUGUACAGCACCGGGUACUUCCAAAUACGCUGUUGAGUUGGCUAGAGAUGCUCAUAGAUCAUCCGCAAAACUAUGACUGCAGUGUUAACAAUUAAACUUAUUUUCUACAUUUCUAAAAAUUUAUUUACAAAUCUUAAAAUGUAUUUCAUCGGUUGAUAAAUUAACAAUUAACUUAUAUAAUAUAUAACAAAAUUUACAGCCAGAAUUUACUUGUAAGAAAAUCAAAAGCGAAAAAAAAAAAGAAAAACAAACGCUUCGUUUCUUCGCAUGAGAAAAUCGCUAGUAAUGCGGCUAAUACUGAUCAUCCUUAAUGAUCGGUUUUGAAGCUUGAAAAGCUUUCAAAUUUAUUGUACAAUUAGCGAUGAGCUUUUUAUCUUUGUUAUUAAAGUUUUACACUCUAAUAAAUUGAUUCAAUAUAUCACGAUGUAAAACGCUAUAGCAUUACCAAAUUAUGAUGUUAAGUUCGCCAGGAACAGUCAAGUAGAUUUUAUAAAUAUAUGACAUCAGCUUUGGUUGUAGGA